AGAUGCAACACUAACACCAGUGUUAAACAUGAGGAUUGCAGUGGAGGGAUGCACUCACGGAGAAUUGGAUAAAAUAUAUUCAACCGUCCAGGAACUAGAGACUAAACAGGGAUACAAGAUUGACUUGUUGCUCUGCUGUGGAGACUUUCAAUCCACGAGAAACCUGACGGAUCUAAAAUGUAUGGCAUGCCCCGACAAAUACAAGGAUAUGUGUUCUUUCUAUCGUUAUUACUCUGGGGAGAAGCUAGCUCCGGUUUUAACAGUGUUCAUUGGAGGCAACCACGAGGCUUCAAACUAUCUUCAGGAGUUGGCCUACGGUGGCUGGGUUGCCCCCAAUAUAUAUUAUCUGGGAUAUGCUGGAGUCAUUAACGUUAAUGGAGUUAGAAUUGGAGGCAUGUCCGGAAUAUACAAGGGAUUUGAUUAUCUUUUCGGACAUUUUGAAAAACCACCAUACGACGAUAACACCAUGCGAUCCUGCUACCAUAUACGUAAUGUUGACGUUUUCAGGUUAAAGCAGUUAGCCUCUAAUCCACCUCACAUUAUGCUUAGUCAUGAUUGGCCCAGAUCUGUGACUAACUACGGGAAUACUGACCAGCUGAUGAGAUUUAAAAAACAUUUCAAAGAUGAAAUAGAACAGGAUAAACUCGGUUCUCCACCCACCAAGGAAGUCCUUGAUGUUCUUAAACCCGAAUACUGGUUCUCUGCACAUCUGCAUUGUAAAUUCGCAGCGUUAGUUGAGCACGAAGACGGUUCAGCAACCAAAUUUCUAGCUCUGGAUAAAUGCCUCCCUGGGCGACGGUUCUUGCAAGUAGUAGAGUUGGGUGAACCCGUGGGUGAAAACGAUGAAAUUGUUCUAAGAUAUGAUAAAACAUGGCUCGCCGUGCUUAAAAGUACAAAUCAUCUGACCUCUGUUGAACGAAAAACCAGGUAUACGCCUGGUCCUGGUAGUAAUGAAAGAUUUGACUUUCAACCAACAGAAGCAGAAAUCCGCGAGAUUAAAGAGUUAUUCAAAGACGACUUUGAGAUACCGUUUAAUUUUGAACAGUCUGCCCUUGCCUUCAAACCGACAGGGGCCAGGAUUAAUAUGUCGCAGGUAAAACAACCUGAGGCGACCGUGAAUAGACAGACAACGGAGUUAUGUAAGAAGCUUGGAAUACUUGAUCCUAUGGCUUUACUUGUAGGAUCCCCUAAAAGGUGUACGCCUGGUGUACCUGCUAUGUACCUGAGAAACUACGUGAAUGAGAAGGAAACUAACCUUAGCAUGAAUUCAACCUUUAACCCGGACGAAAUAUCUCUUAACGAGGAUGAAGAAAUCGAUGAUGAUGAUGUUGAUGAUGUCCUUGUUGAAACAGUAGAAGAGAAAACUAGUGAUUCUUCAGUUCCUAGAACUCCGAUCAGCCUGCCAGUCCCUCAGCUAGACAAUGAUGAUGUCGAUCUUGUUGCUGUUCUGGAUUCUACUGAUAAAUCAAGUUUGGAAACUGUUCUGGAUUCCUCUGAUAAAUCAAGCUUGGAUACUUCUCAGGACAACAUAUUCUUCAUCGAUAAGAAUCCCAAUGAGACGGAUUCUGAAAAAUCCGCGGAUUUUACUAAACCUGAUCCUCCAAGAACGCGGCCUGACGAUCCUCCGGUUAAAAAGCUGAAACGACGCAAUGCGUCGCUUUAUUCUGCAGAGGAUCAAGAUUGAUCUCAAGAAACAUAAACUUCCAUUAAAAAAAGUCAAUCCCAUAAACUGACUUUUCUUCUUGUGAUAAACUGAUAACACAUACCAUUGUUUCAAAUACAUGAAUGAGACAUUUUUGAAACCAAAAAAAAAAUAAAAAAUUAUUUUCAGAA